CUUUGUUUACAAAAAUUGCACAACGUGUGGCCUGUCCUGUACUGCAUUAUUGAAUUUUCAGUUUUUUCGAGCUUAUACAAUUUUAUUUAAGUUCUCAAAAUUUCCUGUUGUUUCCAUUGGUUCUACUCAUUGACGUAUGGUUCUACUCCAGUCCUUGAUACUUAGACAUCGAAAAAUUGCGAAUUCCAGUCGGUGAAGCCAAGAGAUUCACUCCUGAUUUUCUAUCCCGGUGACACUAAAAAUAGUUCUGCCUCAGUAAUUGAUUCAAAUACAUCAGCCAAUUGCGAAUUCCAGCCUGUCAAGCCAAAAAAUUCCCUCCUGAUUUGGCGACACUCAAAAUGUGAGUCCUUGGAAAGUUCUCUGGAUUACUCUUUUUCACAAAUUAAUUUACUUGUAAGAUAGAAUACAUUAGUAGUAGAAAUUUUAUCACUUAAGCUUGGACCAUCAUCCUCGCACUUCUUGAACCUAUUCGAAGCGGGAAAAUAAUAAUACAAAACCAUGUCCAAUUCAGAUACUGAGGAUUUUCCACGGAAUGAUGUGGAUGGAGAUUUCCCCAGGAAUGAUUCAAAGGGUGGUUCGAAAACAGAUAAAACACGUCCUGAAGCAGAUGGGGGGUCGAAAGAAAAACGGAGCAAGAAGAAAAAGAAGUUCAAAAACAAGAAAGACAAGCCAGGCUCUGAGAAAAAAGGCCGUUUGGUUGUGAGGAACAUUCCAUUCAAGACAAAUGAAAGAGAACUGCUUGAUCUUUUUCAGCAGUAUGGUCUUGUCACUGAGGUGAAGUUGUUGCGUAAACCGGACGGUAAAUUAGUGGGCUGUGGCUUCGUCAACUUUGAAAAUGCUAAAAGUGCAGGGAAAGCAAUCGCCCAUGUCAGUGGGAAACCAUUUCACGGGAGACCGAUGAUAGUUGACUGGGCAGUUCCUAAAACAGUCUAUCAUAAUGUUGUUGAUCAUGAUUUUAAAGUUGGAAAUAUGAAGCCCAAGAAUAGUGAUGUUGAUCUACCAGACAGUGCCUUUCGUCCUAAAAAAUCUUCAUACGACAUAGAUAAUCCAAGUAGGAAUGAUCCCCGCCUAUUUGUUACCAAUCUUCCAUUUAGAAUUUCUGAAGAUGAUUUACGGGAUUACUUUAGUCAGUACGGUCCAGUUGUAGAUCUAUUUAUUGUCAAACAAGGACUUAAACAAAUGGGCACUGGUUUCGUCACAUUUUCAAAUAAGAAAGUUGCAGCAGAUGCUAUGAAGCAAUUAGAAGGAAAAGAAUUUCAAGGUCGCCCUCUAUAUUUCAAGUGGGCAGAGCCCAAAAGUGCAGCACGUCAACAUUCUAGAAAUGAGAAAAUGAAAACGGAACCCAUAGAAAUCAAGGAAGAAGUACUUUCAGAUGAUGAACCUACCAGGUCAUCUAAUAAACAAAGAAAAACAAACUCUAAUGAAGCAAAUGACACGCUUGAUACCUCCUCCAUAAAAUCUGAGGCAGAGAGUGAAAGUGAGGAAGAAGAUAGCUCUGAAAAAGCCUCUCCUCUUAAUGGGCAGACAAUUGACAAAGAAGAAACUGACAGCUCAGAAGAUAGUGCCGACAAUCGUAAUGAUGACCAAAGCAAUGAUGACGAUAGUGAUAGUAGUGACAAUGAAAAUGAUCAUGAUCAGAGUGAGGAUAACACAGCUUCUUCCCUCAAGGACAAACAUGAGAAAAAACAGAAAUUUGAUGAAGAUGGGCCAAGGAAGAGUAAUGACAUCUCUGAAGGACUGACAGUAUUUUUGCGGAAUGUUCCUUUUGAUGUCAGUAAUGAGGAGCUCAAAAGCUUCAUCAGGAGCAAGUAUGGUCCAGUGUAUUAUGCCCUUGUUUGCAUGGACGCAGCAACUGAGCAUUCACGUGGGACAGCAUUUGUUAAGUUCAAAAACAAGGAUAGUGUUGAUGCAAUUUUGAAUGCACAAGAUGACCUAGUCCUCAAUGGUGAACUCAUGCAAGCUUCAAUGGCCUUGAGUCGAGAUGAAAUUUACUCAAAGCGAACUGUCAAGAGCAAGGAAGGUCAGAAGAAUGACAAUAGGAAUUUAUAUCUGUCCAAGGAGGGUUUGAUUCUUGCAGGAAGCAAAGCAGCAAAAGAUGUUUCUCUCACUGACAUGAACAAGAGACUGAGUAUUGAGAGUGUAAGAGCUCGGUUACUAAAAAAGAAUAUGUUGACAUUUGUCUCCCGAACAAGACUGGUUAUCUAUAAUUUACCUCCAAAUUACACUGAUAUCCAACUGAAAAAGCUCUUCCAACAAUAUUCUUCUAAAAAGGCCGUCAUUACUGAGGCGAGAGUAAUGAAAGACAUGAAGAAAUUCAACCAAAACGCCACUUUUGCCUCAAGAGAGUUCGGAUAUGUUAGUUUUACAACCCAUGAAGACGCCCUUGAAGCUCUUAGAAAUAUCAAUAAUAAUCCUGAGAUUUUCUCCAAAGCUAAGAGGCCUAUUGUUCUAUUUUCUAUCGAGAACAAACAAGCCAUAGCUACGAAGGAAAAACGUCUUGAGAAAAGCCGAAAAAAUAAUCCAUUGUUUAAAAAUGAGUCUACGAAAAAAAAUAAAUUUGAAAAGAAAACCAAGUCUAACUCGUCAAAAAAUGAAAAUGGUGAAUCAGAAAAUAUAUUACCAAAAGACAACGAAUUUCAAGGGUUCCAGGCUUCUGUUGGUAAAACAGUCCUAAAGAGUGGAUAUAAAGUCCGAAAACAAGCUCAAACUCAUGCAAAAAAUGUGAAGAAAGUCAGAAAGCUUCAGAGACAGAAGAGACAAAUGGCGCAACUUCUUGAAAAUCGUCAAAUGCAGAAAGGAGAGUACAAUAAAACAAGAAAACCGAAAAAGUCUCAAGAGAAACUUGAGGGUAAAGAUAAAGGUGACCAGAAGUUCGAGAGGUUAGUCUCCGAUCACAAAACAGCAGAUGAACCCGUGUCUAAAAAAUUCAAAAAAAGGAAAAUUGACAACGAAACACAGGAGUUGCCAAGGAAGAAAAAAUGGUAUAAAACAUAGGUUAAGAAAGAAAAGAAGAGUAUAUUUGGUGGAACGGCUGUACAUUCUUAUUUUAGGUUUAAUACUUAGUCAAAAUAUUGUUGCUUCCCCCGAAUAUUGAAGUCAAUGAAACCUGUUCAUUGUAUCACUUGAAGUCAACUCUCUUCUUAGGUAGAAAUCAAAUAUUAAAAAAAAUGGAAAUUAAAGUCAUUCAUGAAUCAUUCAUGUUGUUAGCAAUCCAGACUUGUUUUUUCUUAUUUUUAUUUUACAAUUUUAGCGCAUGAAGAAGCUUAAUUUACCCAAUAGUACAAGUCAAAGUUUUGUUAUCGUAUCAUGGAAAGGAAUGCCAUAAAGUUGUUUGAAAGAAUUUGAACAAUCUUGAUUCUAGAAGAACGUAAUACCUGAACCUAUACAUAAAAUAGAUUAUAUGUAAAGAAAAUUUGACCAUGUUUGACAGAAACAUACCAAGUUGAAAUGGAGAAAAAUAGAGGUUUGAAGUUUUUUAUCUCAGUUAGAUUCAAUAUUAAGGAUAAAUUGAAUCAUAAUCUUCUCAUUUAAAAUAACUUUUCCCAAUUUUGCAUUUUUGACUUGUGUGAAUUUACGGCUAGUUGUAUUUAAAACUAAUUUUUGUCCCAAAUGCGACUCGGAACAUUUCUGUUACUUGGUGGUUUCUGUUACUUGGUCCAAAUCAGUUGUAGAUGAUGUGUUGUUUUCAAAAUCAGAUAAAAAUUCGUUUCCUUACUCUUAUGAACAUGUUUUUUUUUAUGCCUCCUAAUGUAUGUAUCUUGAUGCAGAUUGAGAUCGUGCAGUUUACAAGAGCAACUAUUUGUCAGAUUUUUUGUGCGAGCCUUUAUGAUUUAUGCGUACCAUGUUUGGUAAAGAGCUUGUCCUCGGAUACUCAUCAAAAUUAUUGUUUAACUAUCAUGCACUGUAAUGAUCUCUUGAUAUUUCUAAUUUCUUCUAACCAUUUAGGGGUUAUUCGUAGAAUACAUUAUGCUAAAUUUCGGUUUUUUCGACCCCCCCUUCCUCCCCUGGAAACGCUUUUGUGACGUAGGUUCCUAUCCUUUCAUAUGUAACAACAAGCGUUCGGCAUUUCAUGAUUGGCCCUUCACCCUAAAAUGUGUGAAUCUACUUCUCCUAUCGUCAGUUUAUUGGAAGGAUGUGUUUUCAAUCUUUGAAAAGUAAGAGAUCUUUUUUUUUUAAAUUUUCAUUUUGUAUUAUAUAAAUGAUAUAUACCUGUUAUAUAUCAGUGUAUCAUUAUUUUUGUAAUUUGUUAUUUGUUCAGGUAACUGCUUUUCAAAGAAAGUAAGAAAAGAUUUCUUCCCUAAUGUUCAAUGUAUUCUAUUCGUAAUCAAUUCAUUCCAGUCCAAAAGGUCACAGGUAACAGAUCUAUUAUCUGAUCCAAUCGGAUUUUGCCAUAGUAAUUAACUUUUUGACUGUCUUUUAUCCUGAUUUUAACACUUCGAAUUAAAUCUCUUUCUUUCUAUCA